CGGGCCAGUCUAAACAUCGAAGGAAAAGUUCUGUGGGAGAGUCAUGGCCGAGUCUUUGAGGAGACUCACACAGACAGCGUCGUUCAGGGUUUUACAGGACAAGCUUGAGAGCUGGCACAGAGACUACCGCUCAUUAUCGUCUAUACUGGAGUUGAAGUUCAGGGCCAGAUCUAAGGUCCAUGUCACAGUUUCAGUGACAUGGGUGGCAGUUUAGCUCAGGCGGUAGAGCAGGUCGUCCAACAACUGAAGAGUUCGGCUGAUCGAUCCUCGCCCUCCCCAGCCAGAUGCCCCCCCCCCGCACGGUUCGUCUGCAGCUCACCGCUCCCCCCAGGGGAUGGGUCAGAAUGCGGAGAAGAAUUUCCCCACUGUGGGAUAAAUAAAACGAUUUCGUGUGACCAGAAUCUGAACAGAUGCUGUGAGCUGAUUGAACUCACAGCAAAGCUCCAGAGCCAGCUGUUUGCCAUCCUCAACCUUGCAGCUGCUGAGGGCGGCCAUUAUGCUGGAGUGGACACCCUGAAAACUCGACUGCUGCCUUGGCUUGGAACUUCUUUCUCUAUAGUGGGGCCUUCCGUCAGUGCAGACACCAGCUUGCAGCUCAUGCAGGAUUCGGCAGAGAAGGACAGAAAGAUCAGAGAUCUUUCUCUGUCUCAUGGGAGUGACAUGCAGAAGAUGGAGACUCAGCUGUCUUCCACUCGUCUGCAGCUGGAGUCGGUCAGAGCGCAGUUGUUGCAUGUUCAAAAGGAGCUAGAAGAGACGAAGAGCAGAUCAGCGACCACGCUGCUGGCCACUGAAGAAGAAAUCUUACAGCUGAAAGCAGAUUUGCACUCUGCAUACGAGCAGGUGGAGAUCUAUAAAAGAAGAAUCCGUGCUCCUGAUGAUUACGAGCGACAGAUUCGCCUACUGAGGGAAGAGCUGUUGCACCUGAACAUGGAGAAGGCCAUGCUGCAGGACAGGCUGGUGAGAAGUCCAAGUCCUUUGCCUCGGCUCAGCCGCCCGUCCAGCCCGCUGAGGAGCGAGUCGCCCACCAGAGCCCAGCUCAGUGACUCCUCCCGCCGUGCAGGCCUCGUGUCUCGCUUCAGCGGCCUGUACGCUGUGGAACGUCUGGAGGCCCAGAACCUGCUGCGUCGCUACAUAACGGAUCUGGAGAUGGUUCAGAAAAUUAUCUUCAUCGCUGUCGUGGAGUCUUUCCGAUCAGCCAAACUGGCUUAUCGGCAGUUUAAGCUGCGAGUGAAAACCACCUUAUCCUCAUCCCACUUUGGCCCAGAGAGUCUGGAGGAUGCAGCUGUGGACUACAUCGUCAGAAACCUGGACCUUUACGAUGUUCAGAACAACGAUGUCAUCAAUGCGAUGAACGUGAAUCCUCAGAUCUCUUUUCCACCGGAAGUGGACUUCUCCCUCAUCAGUGCUUUGAUCCGGGAGACCUGCAGGCUGGCCUUCGCCAUGCAGACGCUGGACCCUCCGCUUGACUUGGCCUUCGCCAGCGAUGGAGAACUGUUCAAUGACACCAAGUACCGCAGAAGCUUCGACUCGGACUUCACGGCUCCUCUGGUCACAUUUCACGUCUGGCCCGCCUUGAUGGAAGGAAACGGCGUGAUUGUCAAAGGCGAGGCCGUAACCCGGAGAACUCCUGUGUGGGGGAGGAGCCUCAGCGCCAGCCCGGGGCGCUCUCCGUCCCUCAGCCCAACUCGCAGUCUCGGAAUGAACAGCGGAGGUCUGUCUCCUCAACGUCUGAGGACCAGCCACCUGUGAGCCUUCAGCUCCACGAAGAAAACCCUUUAAGGCCUGAAAUAAACUCACAGCUGCUUCUGUGUUCAGGUUUGAGUCGUGUUUUCGCCUCACAUCAAUGAUCAGAUUGCUCCAACAAAACAAUGGAUGCAAUGAAUGAGUUUACUUCUAAAAGAAAGGUUCUGCACAAUGAACAAGAAAUACGACGGAGAACAAAAGCUUUUGCAGGUUUUUGCAGGUAAACUCAGGUUUAUUUUUCUGUAUGUACUAUACUUGUUUCUUCUAGUAUUUAGGCACAAGUCUAUAAAUGUAUGUAUAGAAGUCAGGGGGGGUUUCAUACCAGUGUUUUGUGAGGCAGCAGAAAGUAGAUUUCUCUUGUUUUUCUCCUUCGCUUCUGACUGAAAAUCAGCAUUUCUGCAGCGGUCUUUACACGGGUUAGUGCUGGUGUUAGCACAUCCCUGACAUCACAUCACUGUUUCAGACCACUGUCCUGUUCUAAGUGACCUCAGUGGAACCGCUUUGUAAAGUCAACAUGUCAUCUGAAAGAGUUCUCACAUUUUUAGCGUGUUUGUUCUUCAUUACAUUUGUUUUUCUGCAGGAAUCUUUGUGUGUUUUUAACACAAUUUUCAAUCUACAAAUAUGCUGAAGUUGGUCAUUUUUAACCUAAAUUCUUACUCCAAUGUGAUUAUUUCUACCUUUUCAUAAUUCUGUGAUUUUUGUUUGCCAAAGAAGUAAUAACAAUACCUGUUUUCUCUAGUUUCUAUAUGUUUUUGGAGGACCUCCUCUUUCACUUUAGCAUUAAAACAUUCAUUGGUAAAAAAUAGAUCCUGAUCAGAAGUGCAUAGAAACCAUGUUGAUGUAGAAUUUAUGGAGGUGUUUUCAUUCAAACUCAACUCAUGCAGGGAUCCAACCUAAUAAAUGCGUUUGGAAUGA